AUGAAAAUAAUUUUAAUGAGUUACAUGAUUUGUGAUAUUAUAAUUAUGAUAUUAUCUUCACCAUGCCUACAGAAAACGAGAGCACAUAAAACGCGUUGUGAGGAAUAUUUCAAAUGUGUUGAACUGCCAUCUAAAAAACAUGUCUGGAUACCUGAAAAGUGUGAAAAAGGCUUAGUUUACGAGAAGAAUUUGGGCGUAUGUGUUUUGCCCGAUGAUGAUUGGGAGUGUGUUUUAGAGGACAUAAGUAAUGAAAUAAGCAAUAAAGUUAAGAAUGAAGAAGAAACUUUUAAAAAUGUGAAAAAACCGGAAACUGAUAUACAUAAAAAUAGAGACGCGGAUAUGUAUAUAGUAAGCGAAGAAAAUGAGAAAAGUGUCAAAAACGAAAAGGAUUCAGAUAUAAAGGUUAUAAUUAAUGCAAUCAAUAUGACAAAUAGUGAGAAGUUUGAUAGUGAAGGUGAAUCAAGUGGAGACGGCAGCGAAGUCCUUGAAUUUGAUGGCUUUCUCCCAGUAGAAAAUCGAGAAGCUGUGAACUACUCUAUAGAAAUUAAUGCUGAUAAAAAGGAAAGCAAUUCUAAACAUCCAAAACCAUCAGAAAAUAUUGAUCCAAAGUUAACAGAACACUUACAAAGAUUAUCACAACUUAUAGAUAGUUUAAAACAAAAAUAUCAAAACAAAAAUGCUGAAGAGCAACCUGAACUGCGCCCUGAUCAACUAAAUGCAUUUUUGGCGCAUUUUAACAUAAAAAACAAAUAUGAUAUGACAAACCCAACUUCUACUGAUUUUAGUGACCAUCACAAGGCAUCAUUUCCACAAACAAUUGACUCAACUAUUCAUCAAAUUGAAACACCACCAACAAAUGAUACAAGCUCUCAGGAAGGUUUAGAUAAAAAACUUGAUCCAGAGAUGAAAGUAAUGCUUACAAAUUCUUUUCCUAAGCAAUAUGGUAAAUCGGGUUAUUCAAAUUCACAAAUUGUUGUUAAUCGCCCUGAAGGUUCUGUUAUGUUUAACCUACCCCAAUAUCCCAUUGAACAUCAAUUUUUGCCUCAUGCAGUAGAUUAUAGCCAUACCUCACCAAAAAUAUCUGAAGAUACACUUAAAACUGUAUAUGAGCUAUCUCAACAAAUGAUUGCUGAUCAAAAUGUGCCAAAUGUUAUUCCAAAUACUAAUUUUUACGGUCAGCCAAUACUGCAACCAGUUUUUUUACCCGCAAAUAUAUUUUCGGGACAAAGGCCACAUGAAAGCCAUUUCUCAACAAAUUAUAAUAAUCCAAACAACGUUAAGCACUAUAUUGACGACAAUUACGACAAUAAAUACGUACGACAUCGUAACAAUUAUAAUUCCCAUAAAAAAGGGUCAUAUUCUGACAAUGCAUACAGUAAGCCAGGCACAACUAUUAUACAUAAUAAUGUCAUUCCUGUACAUAUUUCAUCUACAAAUUCUGCUGAAAAAGCUAUUUUGGACACAUAUGGGCAUAAUUUAGGAAUUAUACCAAAUAUUGAGAACACAUUUUCUAACAACCACAAACAGUAUCAAAAUAAUAUAAAUAAAUUUAUAACAAUAACUACCGUACGGCCAGUAAUAUCAACAACAGAUACUAAUCAAUAUGUAACACAGUAUCCUUCAUCGUUUAAUACUGAGCUCACUGCAACAACAAAUCGACCAUUUAAAUAUCAAUCUACACCCGAAAUGAUUGUUGAUUACUAUACACCAAGCUCUCAUCUGAGCAACGAUAACGUGAAUAAACUGUUUCAAAUAUCUGAUACCUAUUCAACUGUACAACAUGAUAAUAUACCUCAACCAAUUGAUUUAGAUAGACCAAAUAGUAAUCAUCAACCUACAGCUUACUCCCAAAGUAUACAUGUGGAUCCUAUUUUUCCAGAACAGAUUCACCCAAGUAAAGUCAAAAUAAGUCCAAAUUCACAAAAGUAUGAAAGUAUGGAAGAUGAUACGGAUGAAAUUGUUUAUAACUUAAACAGCCAAUAUCAUCAUCAUUCACCACAAAUAUAUGAUAAAGUAUAUGAGAAAAAACCGGAUGUUAACACGAUUUUACCUCUCUCUAAUUUAUAUAUGCCAAGACCAGAAAGUUCAGUUAGUUCUUCCUUUAAACCGAAAUAUCCCAUUUAUGGAAUAGCAAAUCAACCAAAUUCAUACUCAAACAAUAAUUAUAAUGAAAAUAAUCAGCUCGUGAAUAUUGGUGGAAAUUUUAUGAGUUAUAAACUUUUUCGUAAUUCCAUAUUACCACUAUUUGGUAAUAUACCUCCUGAGAACGAUCUUGACAAUAUCGAAGUUAUAACAUGUGCUGCUGGUGUUCGCCAACCUAACGCAACUGACUGCACACGGUACUAUGUUUGCAGCAAAAAAGAUGGUAAGAUUCUUUCAUACUCCUGUCCCCCAUAUACUGCAUUCAAUUCACAGACCCGCAUAUGUGAUGCCUACACAUAUUCUGUAUGUAAUCCAACUGCAUUGGUUAGUGCAUACACAGUAAAUGAAAAUAAGCGAAUACAAUUGGAAGCGAUGAAAGCACUUCAAGAAGCAAAAAAAAAGCGAGAUCAAACACUAAAAGCCCAAAAUAUGGGAAAUCUUCUAUUACAAUAUGACAAUCAACUGGACCAUAUUAAAAACCCAGAAAAUGGUUAUAUUAAAAGUAAUGUGCCUAAUGCAUAUAGUCAUCAAUUAGUGCCGGUAGCACCCACUGUCACAACCACUGCUAAACCGAUAGUAUUGACGGGCGUGAAAAAACGUAAAUACUAUUGCAAAGAGGGCGAUAAAAUUGCUGAUCAGACUUCCGUCUACAGCUAUUUUGUGUGCUACAAAAACUCGUCAGGUGUAAUGAAGGGACAUAAAAUGACUUGUUCGAAAGGAUUACUAUUUUGCUCACAAACGACACUGUGUACAUUACCUUCGAAGUGCGUGUAA